GAAGAGGAAGAAGAGAAGAAAUAUGCAUAAAUUACAAGAAAAAUUGUUGGAAAUUUAAAAGAAAAUUGAGUUUUAAAAUAAAAAAAAUAUAUAUAUAUAUACUAUAUAUAUAAAACCCAAGUGAAGGAUUAUCUAUGCAUUUCUUUUCUUUCAAAAUUAUAAAGAUUGGAAAAGGACACGAAUUUUUAAUCGUGGAAGAAGUAACGAGUACAUUUUUGAAUGGCCAAAGGAAAUCACAGUAUUCAGGAUAGCAAUACGGCAAAAGUCGUGCUUUUCACAAGAAACGUAUCAUUAUCCUGAACAAAUGUCAAGAAUUCUUUCUCAUUUUCUGUUCCUCAUCACGACAUGUACUGCCUUGCACUACACGGCUCCGGAGGACUGUCAAUGGAGUCCUGCUGGUCAGGAUGUGUCCUUAAUAUGUCGCGUAGAUGCCAUCAGCUCCAAUGGUCGAAGCACCAACUUCACUCUUAUACAAUCAGAUCACACCACUUCACUACGGAUACUGUGCGAUGAUGUUUUGUUCGAAAGUCAUCUUCAGAACGGAUCUUUAUCUCAUCUUAAACAUCUUAAAAAUCUUCAUAUAGAAUAUUGCAAGUUAUCAGUGCUUCCAAAUGGAGUUUUCCACGGUUUAAACGACCUACGCCAUCUUACAAUCCGCACCCAUAAUAAAGAAUGGGGUUCGAUUUCACUUCGUCUUGCACAACGCGUGUUGCAUCAAUUGAAACACUUAGAAUACGUUGAUUUAAGCUUCAAUAACAUUAUGGAUCUUCCAAGUCACGUCUUUUGUGAGCUACAUUCCCUUAAAAUGCUUAACAUGAGCCAAAAUUCAUUAAUGGACCCUAACAGAUUGGAUUUCGUCAUAAAUCCUGAUAAUCAAUGCCUUCCUGAAUUACUCCAAUUAGAUUUAUCGGGUAACAAUUUUAAAAGCCUGAAUGGGGGAAGCUUUUCUUCUUUGAAAAAUCUACAACAGUUGGAUUUGAGGAAUAAUAUGAUAACUGAUCUAACCAAUUCGGCCUUAGAAGGUUUAGGAAAGCUGCAACUGUUGUAUCUUUCUAAUAAUUACAUUAAAAUUAUACCUACGCAGAUAUUCAAGCAUACACCCGAUCUUAGGGAGAUACAUUUGCAGAAUAACUCGAUCUCAACGCUUAGUGUUGGUCUGUUCAGUGGUCUUCAGCAACUCUUAGUUUUGAACCUCAGCAGGAAUGAUAUAACCAGCUUGGGAAUCACGUCUGAAGUGCUCUCAGAUUUAAUACGCUUAGUAGUCCUUGAUCUCAGCCAUAAUCAUCUCAGACACGUUGACUUCACCACAUUUCAAUCUCAGCAUAGUUUACAGAUUCUUUAUCUGAGCUACAACGAAAUUGAAACUAUCGCUGAUAAUGCAUUCUCUUCUCUUUAUAACUUGCAUACAUUGAUACUGACAGGGAACCACUUAAGGAAUCUCGAUGUCUUCACACUCAAUGGCUUAUAUGUGUUAAGCUACUUGGGUUUGAAUGAUAAUAAACUCGAGCACAUACAUCCCGAUGCUUUCAGAAACUGUAGCAGCGUACAGGACUUAAUGUUAGGAGGAAACAAAUUCUCAAGUUUUCCAUCAUCCAUCUGGUCUUUGCAAUUCCUACGCACACUUUAUUUAUCCGGUAACAGCAUCAAAGAAGUGACUAAUAAUACCCUGAAAGGUAUGAAACAUUUGUUAAAUUUAUAUUUAUCUAGGAACGAAGUUGGUAAUUUAAGUCGUGGUACCUUCAGAGAUGUACCAGCACUGAAAUAUUUGGAUUUAUCACAUAAUAAAAUUCAGGCCCUGGAGCAUGGAGUAUUUGACGAUGCUCCUGAUCUUCAUACAAUUAUCCUUAACGACAAUUAUCUUAUGGAUAUUAAUGGACUGUUUAUGAAUUUGCAUUUUCUCCAACAUCUCAACGUCUCUAGAAAUCGUAUCACAUGGUUCGAUUACGCUCUCAUUCCAACCGAACUAGAAAUUUUGGAUCUUCACCAUAACGAGAUUGAAACUCUUGGUAAUUACUUCGAACUAGAAUCUGUUCUCCAUCUGCUUUUCCUAGAUGCAUCUUUUAAUUUCAUCCGUGAAAUCAACGCAGCAACUUUUCCUAACAAGAUCGAAAAAAUCCGCCUGAAUAAUAACAGGAUUAAAAUGAUUAAUUCCUUUACUUUCAUGGCUAAGAGCAACCUUUCUUCUGUCAAUCUAACUAAUAAUUAUCUUCAAAGUUUAGAUAUUAAUGCAUUCAGGCUGAAACCCAUUACUCCAAACAAGCAUCUUCCAGAGUUUUUAAUAUCUGGUAAUCCCUUCUUCUGCGAUUGUACUAUGGAAUGGAUGCAAAGGAUCAAUAACCUAGACGAGACUCGACAAUACCCAAAGAUUGCUGAUCUUCACGAAGUUGUGUGCCAGUUGCCAUUUUCGCGUCGUGCUCCCUCUGUCCUGCUUUCUGAUGUUAACUCUUCGGAUUUCUUGUGCAAAUACAGGAGCCAUUGCUUUGCGUUGUGUCAUUGUUGCGACUUCGACGCAUGUGACUGUGAGAUGGUGUGUCCGGAGAACUGCACCUGUUACUCCGACCAGACGUGGAAUACCAACAUAGUUGACUGUAGCGGACGUGGUCACUCUUCCAUACCAGGCAGGGUGCCUAUGGACGCCACGGAACUCUAUCUGGAUGGUAACGAGAUGCCGCACCUUUCCAGUCACAGUUUCAUUGGUCGCAAAAAUAUGAAGGUACUUUACCUUAACAACAGCAACAUCCAAGAGAUAAAUCAGAGAACCUUUAACGGUUUGCAAGCUCUGCAGAUCCUCCAUCUAGAAAAUAAUAAGAUAAAGGAGCUGCAGGGUUACGAGUUCGAAAACCUCACCCAUUUACGCGAACUUUAUCUUUCCAACAAUCAACUGAAGCACAUAAGUAACUUCACAUUUCUAACCUUAAAAUCUUUGGAGAUAUUACACAUGGAUCAUAAUUUCAUGGUGGAAUUUCAAGUUUGGAACUUUAAUUAUAACCGGCGACUCUCAAACGUCCGUCUUAGUCACAAUGUAUGGUCGUGUAGGUGCGAAUAUUUGGAGAAUUUUCAGGAAUGGUUACAAGUUUUUGGCGUUUAUGUGAAAGAUAGUGAAAAUAUUCGGUGUUAUCAGAACCAAACUGGUGGCUUAUUCAUCUUAGAGUUUAAUGCCUCAUCUUGCUCUAAUUAUACUGCCAUAACUUAUUAUCAAACUGUCUUUUCCAGGAACUAUAUGCCAAUAAUGAUAGUAGUACCCACGCUAUUCAUUCUCGUCCUUCUACUUUUGAUUUUAGCGUGUGUGUAUCGUCGAGAGAUGAAGAUAUGGAUCUACAGCCGUUACGGUGUUCGCCUCUUCCAAAGAAGUCAUUACUCACCCGAUAGUGAGAAAUUGUUCGAUGCUUUCGUGUCUUAUUGUAAGAAGGAUGAGGCUUUCGUGGCACAGAUUUUGGCACCGGAGCUCGAGUGUGGUCAUCAGCCUUAUAGGCUAUGCCUCAGAUAUAGAGAUUUGCCUAUGGUGGGUUACGUUGCAGAGGCUAUUUCUGAAGCCGUCGAGUGCAGUCACCGGACUAUAGCAGUGGUAUCAGAGCAGUUCUUGAAGAACGAAUGGGGUCGCUUCGAGUUGAAGACUGCAUAUCACGAAUCACAGUGCAACAAACGUCACCGAUUAGUUGUUGUGCUAUUGGAUAAGAUUUCAUUCAAGGAACUAGAUCCAGAUGCUAGAUUAUGCCUCAGAUCUUCUCUUAUAGUCCAUUGGGGCGAUAAGAGAUUUUGGGAAAAGUUACGGUACGCUAUACCCGAUAAUGGUCGAAGAAACAGCACAGAAAGUAGAUUACCGUGUUCAUUGACAAUGUCUGCGCAGUCCAAUUCUGUAAAACUCGUAUGAUGGGCUGUCUGCUAUUUUGUUUUUUUGGUUUUUUUUUGACAAUGUGAACCCUCUACAUGAGACCAAGCCCAAUAAGUAGCGUGUGUUUGUGUAUAGAGAAUGGUUUACUUUGAAAGAUAGACGUCUCGUGUAUAGUGGUGCAUGCUCUUUAAAAAAAAUCUUUUUACUUUUUAAAAUUGUUUUUAUAAUUUUGUGACUGGUGCAUCACCCACUAUUAUGCAAAUUGGAAAAGCAAAAAAAAAAACAAAAAAAAAAUUAUACUUGAACAAUAUUUUGUUAGACGAAAGAUCUAGUUCCUUAACUUGAAUUGCAUAAUGAUAGAGGGUACUAACAGACAGAUUGACGCGUGUACAUUGACAAAUAGUGUCUUGCCUUAAAUUGUAAUUAAACUAUUCGGUGAAACUAAUUAUAGAAAACAUAAGAAAACAAUGGUUUUACUUGUAAAGCAACGAGAUUUUGUAGUAUGAUGAAUGUUCAUGUCUAUGAAGCAGUUUAUUGAAGAGAGCUGAAUUUGCAUAUUACUUAAGGAAAGAAGGAAAAAAAAAGAAAAAAAAAUUAUAUAUAAAAUAUAAAACUCGAUUAAUCGAGUAAAUUGUAUUCUUUAGUCGCAUAAACGACUUCUUUAAUGACGUCCUAUAUGUUUUACAUUCUCAUAUCAACAGAAUUUAUUCCGUUUUUUUGUAUUUCUGUCAACCUUUCUCGAUGGUAAUCGCUCUCCAGCUGUGAUGGACUGCCUGAUUUAUAGAAGAGGCUGUGAAAUUCGGUGCUAGAAAACCGACAUGAACGUCCAUGUAGAGUAACUACCGCCUCUAUACAUUAAAAAUUGACUGUGAUAAAAAAAAAAAAAUAUUGGUAGUAGUAGUCAUGUUGCUUUCUUCUUUAUACUAUUGGAAAUUUAUCAGUUUGGCUUUUUACCAA